AUGGCCGCGGCCGCGCCGCGUGAACCCGUGACGCAGCUGAUCGAUCUGCUGAGCACCUCGACGGACAUCGCGCCGGAUCGCGUCUGGGCGCUGUAUGUGGAAGCGAUGCAGGACCGGCCGCAGGAGCUUGCCGAUGGCUCGAUCCGCGUGCCGCGUAUGCUCCAGGCCGGCGAGCACCGCCAGGUGCUCCAGGCGCUGGUGCCGUAUACCGAAGCCUAUGCAGCCUACCUCUACGACCGCGGCCGCAUCCGCGCGCUGCGCGAGGCUGCGCAGAGUGUUCCUCUGCACACGGAAAUUGCCCUGGACCUGUCCACGCCACAGGAGCUCGCGCCGCGCUCGCCGCCGGUGCCGCUCAGCGCGGGGGAGGCCAAGACGUACCUGAGCCGUGCCCGGACGCUCUUGGGUAACAUGCGCGCUGCUAGUGCCGACAGCGUGUGUACCGCAGACUACAACGAGGCACUGGCCGUGCUCGCGCCGGGCGGCUACUUUGGCGAGAUGCAGGCGCUCUGGUCGGAUAUGACGUCGACGCGCGACACGCAUCCCGAGACCGCGCCGAACCGCGAGACGUACCACCACAUGAUGGAGGGCCUCUUUCGGCAGGCUGCGCGCCAGGCGCAGGACCUGCAGGCCGCACACGGCCAUGCGCUCCUCCCCACCGAGUACGGCCGCCGUCGGUCGGAAGCGACGGCCGCGCCCGGCGACGCGGCCAAGUCGGUGCAAGGCGCCGCGCAGGUGCUUGCGCGCUCUGCGACGAUGCUUAUCCAAGACAUGCACGAGCGUGCGAUCCGCCCGAGCGUCCUGACGCUCGACCUCGCCGCGCGUGUUUUGCGCAUGACUGGCCAGCUCCCUGCGCUCCUGGCGCUGCUCCGGACUGGUUUCGGUGUGGACGUAGCGAACCCCGAUGCGGACCGUGGCGAGGCGCUUCCCCCGUGUGCCCCCACGACACACACGCUGAACACGGCGCUGAUGGCGCUCGGCGAGUAUGCGACCGUCUCGGACAUGGUCGCUGCGUACGAGACCAUGACGGAGCCUCUUUCUCGCGCCGAGUCCUCGACGCUCCCCUCGACCGAGGAAUCGCGGUGCGUGCAGCCGAAUGCCAAGACGUUUGCGACGCUGCUGAAGCAUGCGUGCACCGUGCCUGAUACCCUGUUUUUGGCCGCGGCGCUGGUGCCCGAGCGCCGCUCGCUCCUGUCGCGCUUUGCGUCGAGCGACGCGAUCGGCUUUGCGACACAGAGCGAGCGCCAGGAAGAAAUCAAGCGCCGCGAGCGUGGCGCGUACUUUGCUGUGGCACGCUACUUUUUCGACGAGUGCAUGCAGCGCUACGCGGCGCAGGUCGCGGCGCUCUGCACGCAGCUCAAGGUCGAUGCGCCCGCGCUCGCCUAUGAUGGCGCGCAGGCUUCGGGCGCGGUGCGCCGCGCAUACCGCGACUGGCGUGCCCAAGGCGCACAGACAAGCGGCCGCCUCGCCGUGCCCGACGCGCGCGUGUCGCUUGCAGACGGCGCGCCGGUGUUUGUCCCGCCGAGCGUCGGCCUGUCGCUGCAGCAGAUCUACCCCCUCGUCGCGCUGGCCUCGCGCCGACGCUCCCUCCCGCUCCUGGGCUGGAUCCGCGCGAAGCUCGAUCACUGCGUGCUGCUCAAGGAGAUCGAGGCGAACGCCGUCGAGGCCGUCGCGGACGCCGGUGCGUGGCCCGAACUGCAUGCGUCGCUCGAGGCGCAUCUUGCGCGCGUGCGCCGCGAGCUCGAUGGGCUGCAUUGGAUCCGUUUUGAGCCUACGGGAGCGCAAGGCGCGCCGUGCUGA